CAUUAAUCCAUCACCAACUUCAUCAACUGCUUCCCGAAUCUCAUCAACUUUUGGCUGAUAGUAGCACUAAGAGCUAUGACCGCCCCUCUAAAUCCAGGAAGAGGAAGAUGCUGGCACGAAGGAAAGAGUAUGUAGAAGCUCGACCCGGAGAAGAGGUUCCACCUGAAGAUGGACUUAGUUGGAGGAAAUAUGGACAGAAACUUAUCUUAGGUUCAAAAUAUCCCAGAGAAUAUUAUCGAUGUGCUCGUCAUAGUUGUGGGGCUACUAAGAUGGUCCAGCGAAUCGAGACAGAGCCAUUAAGUUUUGAAGUUACCUAUGGAGGAAGUCACAGUUGUGGUCAAGAAACCAAAAACCAAAAUGAAGAACUACUUGCUGUGCAGCAGACAAAAUGUGAUGAAGUUGCAAAAGGAGCCGCGGAAAUAUUUGAAUCCUAUAUUCAUAAGAUGGUUUCAACCCCAAAUAAUUCGUAUAACAAUUCCUCAACAGGGGUUGAGUUCUCAAACUCCAAUUCGGUAUUCAACAUCCCCAAUUCCGACUUCAUCCCCACACCAACUUCUUCACCUCAUCCAGACAGAGACUUUCCACUUGACAAUGAUAGUCUCACUCUCUUGUUUGAUCAAGAUGUGCCUGAUAAUUAUGGCAAUGAUUCUCUGGCUGCUCUGGCUGCUGAGGUCUAUAAACUCUAUGAGGAGAAUGGCAAACUCAAUUUUCCUCAUCGUUACGACAAACAGGCUGAGAAUUCCAGACCCUCGAACAAUGUUGGGGACCAAUCAUAACGUAACGUACCAAGUAUCUCUCUUUGCUGGAGCAGCACAAGCAUGUAAUGUAAUAUAAAGGGAGAAGAAAUGGGCUCAACAUUUCUUCUUCUGUUCUACCCAUAGCUCUAUAUUGUCUGUCUCAAUUUAAUUGUCUUACUUUUCUCUUUGAUCUAUUCCAAAAAGAGUGUUCUACAUUUAGAUAAAUUUUCAAUUCGAACAUUCUACAUGAUAGGUUUAAGAUCACAAAUUUCUGUAUGACUUACUCUCGGUAAGGAUGUUUGUUAUGUAUUGUCUCAUAAUGUAUCAUAUUGUGUUGUAUUUGUUAAGAAUGACAAAAGUCUCGCAUUGGUGGUUAAUGAGUU